AUGUCAUCAUCAAUUAAAUCAUUCAAACCAUUAUUUGAUCGUAUUUUAGUUCAAAGAUUAAGAAACUCUGAUAUUAAAACUGGUGGCGGUAUUUAUAUUCCAGAUAAAGUUGCAAAUAAAACACACGAAGCUGUCGUAAUUGAAGUUGGCACUGGAAGACGUACUGCCAAUGGUUUUGCUCCACCACUCUUAAAGAAAGGUGAUCGUAUUUUACUUAAUGAAUCUCCACUUGGAGAAAAAAUCACUGUAAAUGGUGUUGAAUGUGAAAUUCUCUCUGAAAAUGAAGUUUUAGGUUUUAUGGGAAAUUAA